CUAAUAACUUUUUUCCCGCUUAUCUUCAUUUUUUUUUUAAAUUCAAGAUAUUGUACAAACAAUGUUUUAAGUCUUAUGUUUUUAGCCAUCGACAUGGCGAAUUACGCUGAACGUCCGGAACGUUAGUGUUUAUGCGUCAAAAGUUCUCGUGAUGUUUUGCGUGUCGGACGAGUUGACGGUGAACGCGGGGCACUAAAUUAGACUUUGAAAAAGUGGACGCGCAAAAAAGCGACGGUAUUAUUGGCCCAUUCCAUCACACACCUUCGGACCGCCUUUCACUCCUUUUGUCCCCUUCCCUCGUAUGAUAUAUACGUCACCUGUUUGGCUUUGCUUCAAAAUCCUUGCCAACACAGCCGAUGGGCUUCAGUGUUCUGGCCGUCGCAGAACUAUUCACACUGCCGGGCCAACAAUAUUUCCUUUAUUUUGCGUUCGUUAAAACGGGAAGAAGACCCACCCACCCAGUAUUGUUGUUCGCCCCCAAAGAAUGUUGACAAAGUUGCCGACGAGUUUUAUUGGCGCAACAGUUUCAAUCACACCGCAACUCGUAUUGCCAACAUAUUGUGGACAAAAAUCUGUGGGUGGAUACAUUUGAGUGAGUGCUAUUUAAAUUCCGAUGCAGAUGUUAACAGUGAUUGUGAACAAAUCAUGUGCAGCUGGUUUGUCGUCAGGCCGUCUAUCGUCGUGGGCACAAUUCCUUUCGAUUAGCCAACCAUUGUCGUGGCCAGCUCUUGUCAUUUGGCCCAUUGUGAAUAAGAUAACUGGCCCGUACUGCAUUUGGCGCUACUGUCUAUUAUUGUGGAAGUUCAUUUCCUGAUGGGCAGCAAAAAGAGAAGAAGACGAAGAAGAGAAUAACGAAGUUAAAAAAAAAAAAAGGAAAAGUUGGGGAAAAAAACGUGUCGAAUGCACGCGGCGGGUGAACCCGACCUCGGUCGUAUUAUUCAAUCUUGCUGUUUGUGACAUUGACUUGGCUCGGCUGUGUUGCGCCAAACAACUCUCUUUCUCUAUCCCCUACAUUUCCCAAUCGUCGUAUUACUUUGUCCUUGUUAUUGUUGGGCGUCAGUGUGCAGAUCACGUCUGGUCGGCGCCGCAUUCGAGCAUCUUUUCUUCUAUAGAUCCAUUCAAUUACAAACAUCAGAAAGGGUAGGCUUUGACUACUGUGCGCAUAUUGCAUACGGCAACGAGAUGGGCAGUUUGACAGCAAGCGGCACCGGGCGGAGGGGAAGUUCUCGUCGUGGAAGCCGCUCAAGCGAAUACCAACAGCAAAAUCAUAAUAAUAAAGACAUUAACAGUCAAAUCGGUGCGAGCGGGAGUCCUUACGUUUCCGUCGCUGUUCGCGUUUUAGAAAGCGGAAGCGGGCGGAUCUUUGGCUUCCGUGAAGCUUGUUCUACGGGUCGGGAUAUUUUUCAUUGGAUUUCAGCGACCGUGGAACGACAUUGCCCCCCGAGGUGGACACCUUGGAUCCUAGCGGUCGGGUCGGUUAUUGUUGGAUCUCUUCUCACGAUAUUGUGGGUCCUCAUGGACGUCGUUUGGAUUUAUUCGCAGCUCUGCUCCCUGACCGUCCCUUUCUUCGCCCUCAUGUCCGGCUAUUUGCUCCUGGCCCUCGGAUUCCGCCACUCUUGGACGCCGACGGGCAUUUACCUGACGUUUUGCGGCAGCGUCGUCGGCGAAACGGUCGGCUUCUUCUUGUCGACGGCUCUAGAAGUUCAGAAUGGAUGGGACGCCAGAGGAGGAGCAGCAGCUGCAGCUGCUGUCCAUAUUAACGAAGCUGGACACCAUCAGGAGUCGGAAGAUGGAGGGCCCGCUGUUGGACUAGGCGGCAUGGCCCUGCCGCGCAGGGAAACAACCCAAUUUCUACUGCAUCCUCUCUACUUGCUGACCUACACGUUGACGUUGGCGGCCACGUCAAGAUUGACCGACACUUUGUCUAGUUCGCAAUCUACUUUCAUCGUCGUCUCGGUCGUUCUACUCCGCAGCGCUGGCUGUGUCACUCUGCCGUCAUUGCCGAUUAUUCUCCGUCCAGCCGUUACUUACCUAGCCGGAUUGCUGGGAGUUUUGUUAGCUAAAUUCACCGAGACGUCACUGAUUCAACCGGACGUCGUGCCCAUCUUGAUCAACAGUAAUAGCCUUGCCAACCCUCAAUUACCUCCGCUGUCGGGUGGCAAUGGUAGUGGCGCCGGAAGCAGACGCACUUCGGCUGUGGACCACGAAUCGCGCGUCAUGGCUGCCCGUCGCCGGCGGACAUCGAGCGCCGCCCUGACGUCGUCGCAGGCGUCAGCGGCCACUUCGGCCGCCCAGUCGGGCGCCUCUCAAGGCAGCAACACGCCGGCCAACAACAAAGUCAGAAGGACGUCCCUGCCGGCCUUGCUGGCCAACAAAAAAGACUUGGUGUCGCUGUAA